CAGCAAUCUUUGUAGAAGCAACUGUAAACAGCUGUAAGUGACAGGUUAAACGAUACCAAAUAAUAUACAUACGGUAUAGAUGUAUAAUACAUAAAUAUACAUGUAUAAUAUGUACAAAUGACUUGAAGAAAGUAGCUGUCAUAUAAAAACGUCAUAAAUUUUUGGAAUACCAUUUAUAAAAUACCAUUUGUAAAUUAUCUUGACAUUAUGUGGAGCGAAGACUUGAAUAUUAAAAUUAUAUCUACAUUGUCUACCAUCAUUUUCUGUGUAUUCACGAUUAAUUUCUUCCGAUAUCUAAUAAGUAAUUCUCACAUUCAAAUUAGAGAUGUUACAAAGGAACAUAAUUGGAGGCCAAUUAAGGGAACAAUCAAGGCAUAUUACUGUAGUAUAUGCGAAGUUCUAUUAUUGAAUCUUGAUGGCCUUUUUUGCGAUUCUUGCGGUGUGUGUGCGGAUCGAGGCUGCAUAAAGCUUGCCGAUAAAGAGCUAAAAUGCAAAGCGAUAACUUUUAAUAAUGAUCAACCGAUGAAGCAUCAUUGGGUCAAAGGUAAUUUACCACUUAUUGCCACGUGCUAUAUCUGUGAAGAAGAAUGUGAUAUAGAGCCCGGCCUCACGGACUGGUGGUGUUGUUGGUGUCAGAGAUGUGUUCACGAAGCAUGUAAAUCUGCUCUCUCUGAAAUAUGUGAUUUCGGAAAGUUCAAAUUAAUGAUUAUUCCGCCAGGAAGUUUAGAAGUGAUAAAUCGACGUAGCACAAUGAGACGCAGGUUACAUCUUCGUUCUAUUAUACGACCGAAUUGGCUUGAUUGGAAUCCCAUCAUUGUUGUUGGAAAUAGAAAAGCUGGGAAUAAUGAUGGUGAUCAAAUUUUAUCUCUGUUUAGAAGACUAUUAAACCCCGCGCAGAUCACGGAUUUAGCUGAGCGUGAUCCAGUCGCUGCUCUAGAAUGGUGUCGUUUAUUAGGAAAAACUCCAUCUAUCAUACUUGUAGCUGGCGGAGAUGGGACUAUCGCUUGGCUAUUGAAUACUAUUAAUAAACUUCAGUUGCAGUCUAUUCCAUCUGUAGCAAUAAUUCCCCUGGGAACAGGCAACGAUUUAUCUAGAGUAUUAGGAUGGGGAAAGGAACACGAUUCGCACUUGGAUCCCAUAGAGAUCCUGAGGCAGGUACAAACAGCAGAAAAAGUGAUGCUUGAUAGGUGGUCCGUGAUAAUAAAGCCAUAUGGUGGACUAGGAUUCAGAGGAUCAUAUCAAACCUUAUUUAUGUACAAUUACAUAAGCGUGGGUGUCGACGCACAAGUUACUUUGAAUUUUCAUCGGACAAGAGAGAGUAGAUUUUAUCUCUUCAGUCAUAGGAUAUUUAACAAAAUGUUGUAUUUAUGUUUCGGCACACAACAAGUCGUGGGAAGAGAAUGCAAAGAUCUCGAUAAAAAUUUGGAGGUCUAUUUGGACGGUAAGAGGGCAGAAUUGCCCUCUAUUGAAAGCAUAGUGAUACUUAACAUUCCAUCUUGGGCGGCUGGUGUCGAUCUAUGGAAAAUGGGAGAAGAAGACAACAAAGAUUUAGGAGUACAAAGUAUUAAUGAUGGCAAACUGGAAGUAGUGGCUCUUUAUUCUUCAUUCCAAAUGGCUCAGCUGCAAAUAGGACUCUCGACACCGUAUAGAAUUGGUCAAGCUAGAACGGUGAAGAUAAAAUUAUUGCGAUCAUGCGCUAUGCAAGUGGAUGGUGAGCCUUGGUACCAACUUCCUUGCGAGUUCAACAUAACAUACUGUAAUCAAGCAGCUAUGUUGAUGAACAAUAAUUUUUGAGUACGCGUGAUUAUAUCAAUGUGCACAAAACCAUUAUAUAUUUACUUAUAUAUU